UUUCAGUUCCUUCAUAAGAUAAUUGAUGGCAUUUGUGGACGUGCGUAUCCUCGGUACCAGGAUUACGGCAGUGUUUGGAGCUUGUCGGAGUGGAUGGAGGUUCUAGAAGAAGCAAGGAUGUAUUUCAAAACUGCAGUUGGCAAAAACUUACCUGAUGAAGAGGCUGCUCAGCAGAUAAAUGAGUUAAAUUCAAACUAUCAAGAAGUAAUCACAAAAUGUCUAAAAGGCAGAAAGGAAGAAAUCAGGCAUGCACUAGUGGAGAGAGUAAAUGCAAUCUCUUCUGCGCAGCUGCAGGAUUUUGACUGGCAGUUAAAGCUUGCUUUAUCCAGUGAUAAGAUCUCCAUGCUGCAAAUGCCACUUCUCAAUCUUGAUUUGGAUGUGAGAGAAAAUGGUGAAAUUAAACCAAUUUCUAUAGAAAUGAAUAAGGAAGAGUUGCAGAACUUAAUAAGCUCACUGGAGGCCGCUGAUAAGGUUGUCUUGCAGCUGAAAUGA